AUGGUAUCGUCAAGAAAAGUGCAAUCGUUCACAAAUAAAGCGAAGAAGAGUAAGUUGAAUGUAUCGAAGACGUUUGGAGUUGACCUGGGAGAAUUUGGACAAAAAAUAUACGAAUGGCUAUGGCCAGAAGGAAAUCCAUGUCAGAAGAAGGAAAAGGAGGCACUAGAGUCGAUGACGAUGUACAAUAGGUUCCUGGAAAGCAGAUUGAUAUCGAAUAGAGAGAAGAAGGAACUGGACGACUACAACAAAUACGUGCACAAUUAUAUACUUCACAACUACGCGGAUGAAAAAUUCGUAAACAUAUAUAAGAGACUGGCAUUUCACAUGAGAAUAACACCAAGAAUGCUGUACAGAGAAGUGGGAGCAAUAACAGGUAAAUUCGGAAUCAACAUACUGGACCCAAAAGUAAAGGUAGAAAACAUAAAUAACGAGAAAAAUGAAAAUAAUGACGCUUUAGAAGAUGAGAAGAAUAAGGAGACGAGAGAGGACAUACUGUGUCUUAGAAGAAUUAAGUUUGAAGCGUACACGCUUAUAGGAGCGAAGCUGCUGAGGUACACAAUGAUGUUCCUGCUGAGGUACAUAAGGCUGGGAAUACCACCGGAGGUAAGGCUUAGAGUGCUGAGUGACGUAGUAAAGAGAGAGUAUAUGAGUAAGGCGUCGACCAUGGCGUGUAACCAGGUGGACCACAGAAACAACAAAGAAAACGCAAGUAAUCAAACGUAUCCAAUAAGAACCACGUUUGAAACUCAGGGGUACCCGUACUCAGAAGAGCCGUUUUACAGAGAAGAGGACGAGGACACGGAAGGCAGGUGGAGUCCGAAAGACCUAGUGGAUGAGCAAGUAUACAGGAGCCUGAGUGGGAAGAACAGAGCGAAGCUGGUGUGCGUAGCAGCAGCGUUGCACCCAGAGUACGCACUGCAAAUCGUUAAGAACAUAGCGCACGCAGCAGGAUACAGGUCGGAAAGAGAGCUGCUACAAAACUUCACGCUCAAGUCAAACUUCACGUCGAGAGGAGCGAGGGCGUUCAUAAAGAAGCUGAAGGAGGAGUCGGAGGCGCACGAGAAGCUGCGAGAAGCAGCAAGGCUGUACAGGAGGUGGAGGAAAGGGCCGGAGACACUGAAGGAGACCACGCAAAUACUGGCAAACGUGCCGCAGAUAGCAGGGCUGAUGAGGAGGCACCUGGAGUCAGGACACAGAAUCAUGCCGCUGAAAAGAGCGAAGAUGAUACUGAGGCUGGUGAGGGCGGAGGCGGAGCUGGAGCCGGAGGACACGACGCUGUGGGACCUGCUGAAGAAGCUGAUAGCGCGCAGAGUGAUGAAUGCGCCGCCGAGAGUGUACAAGCAGGUGGCGAAGCAGGUCCUGGCGCUGGCAAACUACAUUAACCCGGCGCUGAGGAGCGAGUUGGAAAGCAGAGGGAUAGCGACAGAAGGCCUGUACGAGCACACAGCGUACGCAAACGCGGAAGGAGGAAUAGAGAACGCGGAAAACCUAAGCAGAGAGGAAAGAAUCGACCUGGCGAAGAGGAUUAGGGCAAAUGUGAAGACAAUUUGGCUGAAAAAGGGCAGAAACGCGUUCGAAGACACGGGGCUGCACGUGAUCGACGCGCUUUCGGCGACCGCAGGCUACGGAAACAUCACCAACGUGCUCGCGAUAGCCUCCAUGCUGUCGAAAAGGCCGGAAAACAGGCUCGAGGAGCACUCGAGGCAGCCAGGGCCGGAUUUCGAGCACUCACCGCGACUCGAGUUCAAGGACUUCAGGCACGCAAAGGUACAGUGA